CGGGGGCGUGUCUCCGGCUGUUUCACAUGGCGUUCGCCAAGAGACGCGCGAAGUUGGAGUCGGGGCGGUGGUGAUCGGCGCUGCGCCAUGGAGGUGGUGGAGGCCGCCGCCGCCCAGCUGGAGACGCUCAACUUCAGCGGUGCCGGCGAGGGGCCGGGGGGACCCCCUCCGGACCCCCAGAUGCCCAAGGAGGGCGAAGAGCGGGACCCCGGGGCCGGGCCGCCCGGGGAGCCCCUGGAGAAGCCGGACCCCGGGGAGUCGGUGCAGGCGCAUCCCGCCGGGGAGCAGCCGGACCCCGGGGAGUCGGUGGAGGAGAAGCUGGACCCCGGGGAGUCGGUGCAGGCGCCUGCCCCCGGGGAGAAGCCGGACCCCGGCGCCGGCGAGCGCUCCGCGGAGCCCGGGCCGCCCGUGGGGACUUCGGAUUCGGAGUCGGACUCGGACAGUGACUCGGAUUCAGAUAGUUCAAGCUCUUCUUCCUCGUCUUCAUCUUCCUCCUCCUCUUCGUCUUCUGUGUCACUUCCUCUGGUGCUAUCAGAUGGAGAAGAUGACUUACAAGCUGAGAAGGAGAGUAAGAAUUUUCCUCUUAAAACAAAAGACGAGUUACUUCUUAAUGAACUACCCUCUGUUGAAGAGCUCACUGUGAUUCUGCCUGAAGAUAUUGAGUUAAAGCCUCUUGGAAUGGUUUCAAGCAUUAUUGAACAAUUAGUAAUAAUUGAAUCUAUGAGUAGCUUACCUCCUGUUAAUGAAGAGACUGUAGUUUUUAGAAGCGAUCGGCAAGCAGCAGGCAAGAUAUUUGAGAUAUUUGGACCUGUUGCACAUCCGUUUUACGUGCUAAGAUUUAAUUCUUCAGAUCACAUUGAGAGUAAAGGGAUUAAAACAAAGGAGACUAUGUAUUUCGCUCCGUCAAUGAAAGACUUCACCCAGUAUAUAUUCACAGAAAAGCUGAAACAGGACAGGGGAUCGGAUGCCUCCUGGAAGAACGAUCAGGAGCCCCCUCCGGAUGCCUUAGAUUUCAGUGAUGAUGAAAAAGAAAAAGAAGCCAAACAGAGAAAAAAAUUACAACUACAAGGCCGGAAAAGACCCAAAUCUGAUUUUACUGAGCGAGGUGAAGAUUUUGCUGAAAUACAUCAGAACUGGCCGGCCUACAGCUCCGCCGCAGAACCUGGGAAAGGACUCCGCGGCCGGGAAUUUCCCCGCGGCUCUGCGAGGGCUCACUGUCCGCCAGCUUGGCGCGGGGGGCCCCCGCCUCAGCGGUUCUACAGCCCAGAGCACGCAGUGUGCCCGGAGAUGGCAGGGUAUGCCACCCCAGCACGAGAGAACCCCGUCAUGCCGCACUACCCAUUCCCCCCUCCAGUGUACGACAUGCAGAACUUCCCACUCCCCCCACCGCCCCCGCCGCCCCUGCCGCCGCCCCCAGCCGUGAACGUGGGCUGGGCUGCCCCAAUGCUUAACCUGCCCUACUCCCUGCCCCCGCCCCCACCUCCACCCCCGCCCCCGCCCGCCUCUGGGGAUGGGCAUUCUCAUUUUGGGUCUUACUAUUAGAUGAUAGUAUGCAUUUCCAAAAUAACAAGGACUUUUCAUAGUAUUUAACAGGAUAUUUUAUUUUUCAAGAGAAGAAAGUAAUUAUGGAGCUAGAUUUUUGGAAAAACUAAAAUACUAAAUGACUCUGUUUUAGUCUGAUAUAUAUCUGUAUCUAUAAACAGCAUAG